UUUUUCUUUUUGGAAAUCCAUUUUUAACAUUUUUAUUUAUUACAAAUAUGAUGAUCUCAAAGUGGCAAUAUUUAAGUGCUAUCACUUUCACCUAAACUAGCUUAUGCUCAUGAUUCAUAAAAAUUGUGAUCAAGAUAAUCUUAAAACCAUGGAUGCUUUUUAUUGACUUUAUGGUCCAAUUCUUGGCAAGUGAUAGUGUUGACACAUGCUAUAAAAUUGCUUCCACUGUGGCACCCCCAUUUAUUUUAUUACUGUUAAAUAUAUCUACAUAAAUUUCCUCUUUCCUUUCACUACAUGUGGACAUUUUAGCAUAGAUAAGAGUUCUACGGUGGGUGGGUGAGAUAGUACCAAUCCACUUAAUAGCUUUAAAUGUGAAGGAAAAAACGUAGUUGCGGUUGAAGUGAUUAACCUCUUUUAAAGUUUCCAUCUUCAAUCUCCUAUGAAUCAUGGCCUACUACAACUCUUCAUAUUCUGGAUCUGGUUAUGGUGAGUACAAUUUCAACUCUUAUACUGUCAAUUAUAAUUAUGAUCAAGUUCCAUCUAGCUAUGAUUACAAUCAACCAAAUUAUGGGUAUGAUUCGAGUUCAUAUUUUUCUGAUCCAAGUUAUUCAGAUCAUAGUUAUAAUAACCACCAAACCAUAGCAUAUUCUUCCACAACUUUUAGUGACCCUAAAUAUCUUGUGUAUGAUCCCAAUUAUGGUAUGACUCAGCUUGUUCUCUCUUAUUCUACUUUGGAAUUCAAUGAACCUGCUUUUGAUGAAUAUGAUCCAACACCUUAUGGUGGUGGCUAUGACAUUGUUGAAACCUAUGGCAAGCCUCAACCGCCUUCUGAAAAGAUCUGCUAUCCUCGUUCCGACUCAACUUCAAAUUCAAUUCCAGUUCCAACUCCAGCUCCGAUUCCGAUUCCAGUUCUGGUUCCGGUUCCGGUCCCUUCGGAGGAUGCGAAAACUGAAGAGAAAGUAAAUAAACCACAAAAUGAAACCAUAGAUCAAAUUGCUGUGGAAAAGCCAAAGUCAGAAGAUAGUACUAUAAAAGAAACUAUUGAGGCUUAUGAAGGUGAAGAAGAAUCUGAAGAUAGUGAUUAUAGUGAGGAAAAUGAUGCUGAAGAUGCUGCUGAUGAUGAGAACAAUUCAGGGUCUAGUUAUGAGAAGGAAGUGACUCCUCCUAAAUAUGAAUAUCCAAGUGGAUAUGGUUUGGAAACUGUGGAUAUAUGUGAAAGCUUGUUUGGUUAUUGGCCAUGUUUGGCAAAAAUGAAGAGAGAAAAUUGUUGUAAUGGAUCAGUUCAUAGAGAAAACCACUGUCAGGAGAAUAUGUGGAAAGGAACUGCAGAUUAUCUGUUUGGAAAUCCAUAUCCAUAUGGUGGGAGAAGAGAUGAUGAUUAUGGAGGAGAGUUUUUCUAUGGUUAUGAAAGGCAUUGAUUACAGUGAUGAAUCAUGGUGACAGAAAUGAAAUAAUUUGUUCAAAUGUGUAAUGAGAGAAUUUGAAAGUUGUAAAGGUUGUUUCUGAUGUAAGAAUAAAUGUAGGAAUUUGAUUGAAAGAUGUGAAAAGAAUAAAUUUUCAUGUUUACAGGC